UGCUUUCUGAAGGUUUUAUUAAUGGAGGUGCUUCAUUACGUGGCCCAGCAGCAGGGGGUUGUCAUGACGACACUGUAGAAAACAGCAGCGCGUGCAGGUGAAACUUCUUAGCUGGAGCUCUGAUGAACGGGUUGCCUUAAAGCUGCGAGAUCAAACCUCUAUGGAAGCCCCAUUUGAAAGUAAAAAAAAUAAUGGUAACAAUAACUUGUUAAUGGCAAGGCAAGCCUGGCUGGAUUCUUCCCUGCGGCGCUCGGGCAGACUGGGCUUGGAAGUGUUGGAACGAGCCUCCAGGCGCAGCGUCGACUGGACAAGCACGGCUGCAUCCCAGACCCCCUCAUCUGAAGAUGAUUUUGUAGCUGCAAAGAGAAAACAUGACCUUCAUGAUGCCUUUACAACUAUUGCAGACUUCAUGGCAAAGACGAGCUUUCAUUGCAAGAGGUUUUAUGAGUCUGGCAGCUGCACCGAGCCCAGCGAUGCUGAAAAGAACCACAUUUCCAGGUUCCACACACGACCAGGAGCUGGGCCAACAUCUGCACUGCCGAGAAGGAAAAGUGCCUCUGUCUCUGCGACGGGUGAAGACUUUUACAUUGAGGUGUCACCUGGAACGUACGCUAUCACUGCCAGUUUGCCAGAUUCACAGCGACAGACUAAGCUGGUCAGCAUUAAACCCGGCGAGAGCGUCGAUCUCACGUUUAACCUCUAGGUGAUCCAACCUAGCAGCCCUGCGCUUCAAUAACAAAGCUGACCUAGCUAAACUGCACAUGUGCCUCCUGCCUUUUUUUUUUCUUUUACCCAGACGUCUGCUUUCAAAUUUUUCACUUGAAAUGUAUCUAUUUUUUGAUUAUGGAAAAACAUUAUUAAUGGAUCUUUGAUAUAUUAAUUUUAUUUGAAUAUUAGAUUUUUUUUUACCAGACAUCAUGUAAGCAUUUACAGAUUUUAUAAUCAGUGACUCUACAGGAGUAUUUUACAAUAAAGUGUAUAUUUUUUAUUACUUUCUAGGUUUUUGACUAAGAUAAGAAACUUGUUGCUUAUUCCACAUCCAGUGAUACAUUUGGUGGAUUUUUUUUUAAAUCGUUUUACCAGGUGGGAUCAUACAGGGAGAGAUUUCUAUGGCCACAAUCUCUCUACAUGGUUUAGAGUCUGGGGUUAGUGAGUGGCCAUUUCAGUACCAAGUCCUCUACGUGUAUGGAAUGACUUUUGUUCUCUUAUUGUUGCAAGCAACAAACUCAUAUUUAGAUUUCAUUUAAUAUUUUUUUCUAAUUUUAAUAUUCAAACUUUAUAUUUUUUACAUAUUUUAUGUUGCUUAGCUUUUUUUUUUAGUUGUACAAGUUGCAUUCUUGUCAAAUCGUGUUUCCCAGAUCAGAUUCUUUUCUCUUUAAGCCCCAUUCAAGCACUCAGCAAAUAGAAACAUUGGUAACGUCCACAGAGAUGAAUAAAAAUGCAUCUUUGCUUCUCAGUUCAAAGGAAGACUCGCCCCUGAGAAUUGAAGAAAAUGCAACUUGAAAAGAAUGAGAUUUUUAAAAAUCUAAAAAAAAAAUUGAAAUACGUGAAUCUAUGUAAACCUCAAAGCUGCUCUUGAGCUGCUUUGUUUUAUUUGCAAGUUUUUCAAAGUUUAAUUUCUGUAUUACGUUCAUAUAGUUUUUUCAAAAACUUUUCCAUUCGGAGAAUGUCUUCUUUACCCGCAGAAAUAAUGAAACAAAGUUCUCUCUAUAUUACACAGAAAGUACACAAAAGUACAUUGCAAUGGCACAAAGGUAAUUAAAUGAUUAAUGAAUGUAGGUCAAUUAAUAGAUUACAAAUGGAUAAUUAUAAAUAAGAUAAUCAUUAAAAAAAUAAAAUGAUCACCUAAAAACAUAAACUAUGAUUCAUAGAUGAAACAUUAAGAAAAAGAAAAGUUAAAGUCCAUAUGACCCAGUUUUCUGUUUUCCAGCUAAAAGCUAGAGCUAUUUUUUAUUAAAAAGUCCUGGUAGAUGUCAAUAGCUAUGUUUCCAUUAAUUAUCCAAUUGUAAUU